GUGCGUAGAAAGAGGGGAUCAACUCAUCCGGAAUCUCCAUCCAGACUCUCAGUGAGGACUUCGGUGUCCGCUGCUGCUGUCGGCAUCAUCAUCAUGUCCCCGGGCUCCUCCAUCCGGGCUCCGCUGCUCCUCCUUCUCGGGCUCCUCUCCGCCAAUGCCAGCAGCUGGCUGUACCUGGCCCGGCUGUCUUCGACGGGCAGCAUCUCGGACGGGGAGUCGUGCGAGAGGCUGAAAGGGCUGGUCCCCAAGCAGGUUCAGGUGUGCAAGCGUCACGUGGACAUGAUGGACGCUGUUCGCCGCGGGGCCCGGCUGGCCGUCGACGAGUGUCAGCACCAGUUCCGCAAUCGCCGCUGGAACUGCUCCAUGCUGGACACGCAGCCCAUCUUCGGGAAGGUGGUCACUCAGGGGACCCGGGAGGCCGCCUUCGUGUACGCCGUCUCCUCUGCCAGCGUGGCGUUCGAGGUGACCCGGGCCUGCAGCAGCGGGGAGCUCCACAAGUGUGGCUGUGACCGCAGUGUGUACGGCUCCAGCCCGGAGGGCUUCCAAUGGUCCGGCUGCUCGGACAACAUCGCCUACGGGGUGGCUUUCUCCGCCUCGUUUGUGGACGUGCACGAGAGAAACAAGGGCUCCUCGCCCGGUAGAGUGCUCAUGAACCUGCACAACAACGAAGCCGGUCGAAAGGCCAUCCUGAACAACAUGCGAGUGGAGUGCAAGUGUCACGGGGUGUCCGGCUCCUGCGAGGUGAAAACCUGCUGGAGGGCCAUGCCUCCCUUCCGCGUUGUGGGUAACAUCCUCAAGGAGAGGUUCGACGGCGCCACCGAGGCAGAGCCGCGUCGGGUCGGUUCCACCAGGGUGCUCGUACCCAAGAAUCCGCAGUUCAAACCGCACACGGAGGAGGACCUGGUGUACCUGGAGCCCAGCCCGGACUUCUGCGAGCAGGACCCACGCAGCGGAGUGCUGGGUACCGCCGGCCGCCACUGCAACAAGACGUCUAAGGCCAUCGACGGCUGCGAGCUCAUGUGCUGUGGGCGGGGCUUCCGCACGGAGCAAGCCCAGGUGGUGGACAGGUGCGGCUGCAGGUUCCACUGGUGCUGCUACGUCAGGUGCAAGCAGUGUCGGCGCACAGUGGAGACGCACACCUGCCGGUGA